AUGGCCGAGGACGCCCACGAGAUGCGCGAUUCCUCGCAGCCGCCUCCGGAGCAGGGCCCGUCCGUUCCGCUCGCCGGCGAGGCGGGUGCCGAGGCGGCGCCGUCGAGCCCGGGGACGAGCGCGGCCACGCCAGCGUCGCCGCCGGCGCCUCGGGAGCAGGGCUCCGUGCAGCAGUUCGCCGCGGUUUCGCUCAGCGAGGAGGUGGGCGUCGAGGAGGUGGUGUCGAGUCAGGAGACGAGCACGGGCACGUCGGCGCCGCUCCCGACGCCCCGACAGCAGGGCUCUGAGGCGGAGCAGUUCGCGGCGGUUCCGCUCACGGAGGAGGUGGUUGCGGAGGAGGGGGUGUCGAGUCAGGAGACCACCACUGAAACGCCGGCGCCUCCCUCGGUGCCUCAGGAGCAAGGCUCAGUGCAGACGUUCGCCGCGGUUUCGCUCACCGAUGAGGUGGGUGUUGAGAAGGGGACGUCAACUCCGAAGUUGAGCACGGGCACGCCGGAGCCUUUGCCGGUGCCUCAGGAGCAGGGCUCUGUGCAGCAGUUCGCCGCGGUUUCGCUCAGCGAGGAGGUGGGUGUUGAGAAGGGGACGUCAACUCCGAAGAUGAGCACGGGCACGCCGGAGCCUUCGCCGGUGCCUCAGGAGCAGGGCUCCGUGCAGCAGUUCGCCGCGGUUUCGCUCAGCGAGGAGGUGGGUGUUGAGAAGGGGACGUCAACUCCGAAGAUGAGCACGGGCACGCCCACGAUGCCGCCGGAUCCUUCGCCACCGCUGAGGAGUAGGCAUCGGCCUCCGGGAGUGCCAGCUGACGCGCCGCAGGAGGUGGUGCGGGCUGUGGAUGCGGCGGUCAUGGGCAAUCGUGGGGGCAGGGUGGACUGCCUCCUCGAGAUGGUCUCUGAGGGGCAGGGCGAGUUACCGCACUCUGUCGUCGAUGUUCUGCUCGGAACCAUGGGCGGCGUGGAUGGUCUCGAUGAGGUUAGGGACACCACUGGCACUGGCACUUCCCCGAGCAUCAUGUCCAACUCGGGCGCCGCCAUCACUGCAGCGGAGCUCCUGCCUCACCUCCCCUGCAGCGAGGAGCCUUCACCACGCACUCGUAUGGCCGUGGGCCUGCACGCCGCGCUAAGGGCCUGCACCCGCAACCGUGCCAUGUGCUCUUCGUCAGGCCUCCUAGCUGUACUCCUUGAGUCUGCAGAGAAGCUGUUCGUUGGAACAGGCGGGGGUAGUACUAGUAGCUGGGACGGGACACCACUGCUUCAGUGCAUUCAGCUCUUGGGUGGCCACUCGCUUAGUGUUAAGGACCUCCAUUCCUGGCUUGGCUUGGUUAAGAAGGUGCUCGGAACAAGCUGGGCCACGCGACUGAUGCUGGCACUUGAGAAAGCUAUGGGUAGCGAGGAAGCAAGAGGUCCUGCUGCAACGUUUGAGUUUGAUGGGGAGAGCUCUGGUCUGCUUGGUCCUGGAGAUAGCAGGUGGCCCUUCUCGAGUGGCUAUGGAUUUGCUACUUGGAUUUAUAUAGAAUCAUUCUCGGACACACUUAGCACAGCAACAGCUGCUGCUGCCAUUGCUGCUGCUGCAGCGGCAACAUCUGGAAAAUCAUCAGCAAUGUCAGCAGCUGCAGCGGCCAGUGCCCUUGCAGGAGAAGGUACAACACACAUGCCACGGCUUUUCAGCUUUCUCUCUUCGGAUAACCAGGGUGUGGAGGCUUACUUCCAUGGCCAAUUCUUGGUGGUGGAGAGUGGGGGCGGGAAGGGUAAGAAGGCUUCUCUGCACUUCACUUAUGCGUUCAAGCCUCGGCGCUGGUACUUUGUUGGGCUAGAGCACACAAACAAGCAUGGUUUGCUUGGGAAGGGAGACAGUGAAUUGAGGUUGUAUGUGGAUGGUAGUCUGCAUGAGAGCCGUGCUUUUGAUUUCCCGCGCAUAUCGAAACCACUGGCAUUUUGCUGCAUUGGGACAAAUCCACCACCAACUAUUGCAGGCCUGCAGAGGCGUCGACGGCAAUGCCCAUUGUUUGCCGAAAUGGGCCCCAUCUACAUCUUCCGGGAGCCAAUAGGGCCAGACAGAAUGAGUCGGCUGGCACUCCGGGGAGGAGAUAUACUUCCCACUUUUGGAAAUGGUGCAGGUUUUCCAUGGAAGGCAACGAACGACCAUAUUAAGAACAUGGCAGAAGAGAGCUUUGCACUGAACCAUGAGAUUGGGGGCUGCUUGCACCUUCUUUAUCACCCUAGUCUUCUCAGUGGCCGUUUUUGUCCAGAUGCUUCCCCUUCUGGUUCAGCAGGAACUCAUCGAAGGCCUGCAGAGGUUCUUGGGUUGGUUCAUGUUUCACCUCGUGUGCGGCCUGCGGAAUCUUUGUGGGCCUUAGCUUAUGGUGGUCCAAUGGCUUUACUUCCAUUAACUGUGAGCAGUGUGCAGAUGGAUACUCUUGAGCCUGCACUUGGUGAAUUGUCGUUGUCACUUGCCACUGCGUCCCUUUCUGCUCCAAUCUUCAGGAUUAUUUCCCUGGCCAUUCAACAUCCUGGCAAUAAUGAAGAAUUAUGCCGUACAUGUGCACCUGAGCUUUUGUCACGCGUUUUACAUUAUCUGUUGCAAGCAUCUUCAAAGCUGGGAAGUGGAGAAGAAGAGGGAGUGACUAAUGAGGAGCUAGUCGCUGCAAUUGUAUCUUUGUGCCAAUCUCAAAGAAACAAUCAUGAGCUUAAAGUGCAGCUUUUCAGGACUUUGCUGUUGGACUUGAAGAUGUGGAGUUCAUGUAACUACGGUUUACAGAAGAAGCUUCUGUCCUCACUUGCAGACAUGGUAUUUACUGAGUCUAUUUGCAUGCGAGAUGCAAAUGCGUUGCAAAUGCUUCUUGAUGGCUGCAGAAGGUGUUACUGGGCGAUUCGGGAACCAGAUUCAAUCGAUAACUUACCACUUACUGGAACAAAGAGAUCCUUGGGUGAAGUGAAUGCUCUGAUUGAUGAGCUUUUGGUUGUUAUUGAACUUCUACUAGGAGCAGUAUCUUCCACGGCUGCUUCGGAUGAUGUUUGCUCUUUGAUUGGAUUUAUUGUUGACUGCCCACAACCUAAUCAGGUAGCAAGGUUGCUUCACCUCAUCUAUAGGCUAAUUGUGCAGCCUAACAUUUCUAGAGCCAACAUGUUUGCUCAGUCAUUUAUAUCUAGUGGUGGUGUGGAAGCACUUCUCGUUCUUCUACAGCGAGAAGCUAAAGCUGGCAAUAACCAUAUUUUGGACAAUAGUGCAAAUUUAAGUGAAUGUUAUGUAGUGAGUAAUGAGGGUUCUGACGCAAAAGCUACGACCGGUGAAGGAUAUUACCAGGAUGAUGAAAGUCAGUUAGCUGAACAGCAUGAAUCCAUUGUUCAUGAAGACACUGAACAGGAAGCUGCAAAAACAAAUGGUGCUUCUUUUAAGAUGUUGGGAGCAAAAAUAGGAAGAAAGAUUUCUAACUCUGAGAAUCAGCUUGUAAAGAAUUUGGGUGGCAUUAACUUCUCAAUUACUGCUGAUAAUGUCCGGAAUAAUGUAUACAAUGUUGACAAAGGUGAUGGAAUCGUUGUUGGAAUCAUUCGCAUUCUGGGUGCUCUAGUUGCAUCAGGACACCUAAAAUUUGCCUCGAGUCCUUCAAAUCCAAAUUUACCCGAUGGUCUUCUGACGACAGUUCAUGACGAAGGAAAUACUAUGUCAGAAGACAGAGUAUCACUGUUACUUUUUGCGUUACAGAAAGCAUUCCAAGCAGCCCCAAGGAGGCUUAUGACUGCAAAUGUCUAUAUGGCUUUAAUUUCUGCUGCGAUUAAUGUUUCUUCAGCUGAUGAAAAUCUGAACCUAUAUGAUUGUGGCCACCGUUUCGAACACAUUCAACUUUUGCUAGUGCUGCUCCGCGCGCUUCCGUAUGCACCAAGGUCGUUCCAAGCUCGUGCUAUACAGGAUAUUCUGUUUUUGGCUUGCAGUCAUCCUGAGAAUAGAACCACAAUGACCACAAUUGCAGAAUGGCCAGAAUGGAUUUUAGAGGUUUUGAUUUAUAUUCAUGAGAAGGGUAGUAAAAAAUAUGUCGAUGGUGUAAGCAUUGGUGAGAUUGAAGACCUUGUACAUAAUUUCCUGAUUAUCAUGCUGGAGCAUUCAAUGCGACAAAAAGAUGGGUGGAGGGAUGUGGAGGCUACAAUUCAUUGCGCAGAGUGGCUUUCAAUGGUUGGAGGAUCUAGCACUGGAGACCAACGGUUGAGGCGCGAACAGUCAUUACCAAUUUUCAGAAGGAGAUUAUUAGGUGACCUGCUUGAUUUCUCUGCCAGGGAGCUUCAAGUUCAGACUGAAGUAAUUGCAGCAGCUGCUGCUGGUGUUGCUGCCGAGGGCUUGUCUCCUGAAGAAGCAAAAGUGCAAGCAGAAAAUGCUGCUCACCUCUCAGUAGCACUAGCAGAAAAUGCAAUAGUUAUCCUCAUGCUUGUAGAAGAUCAUCUGAGGACACAAGGCCAGCAUUUUUGUGUGUCCCGUGUACUCAAUAGUGUUUUUUCUUCUGCCUCCAUUGCUUCGUCUGCUCCCAGUCGGAUAAAUUCAUUGAGCAGAGCUGGUAGUGAGCAUAUGGAUACUGGACUCUCAAGGCGGUCAUCUUUGUCCAGUGAUGCUGGUGGCCUUCCACUAGAUGUGCUUACUUCUAUGGCUGAUGCAAACGGACAAAUUUCUGCUGCCGUGAUGGAACGCCUUACAGCAGCAGCAGCAGCUGAGCCAUAUGAAUCUGUCAAGCAUGCCUUUGUGUCUUAUGGGAGCUGCAUUGCAGAUCUUGCAGAAAGCUGGAAAUACAGAAGCCGCUUAUGGUAUGGUGUAGGCAUUCCAUCCAAAUCUGAUUUAUUUGGUGGUGGUGGAAGUGAUUUAGAAUCUUGGAGAUCUGUUUUAGAGAAGGACUCAAAUGGGAAUUGGGUUGAGCUUCCACUUGUGAAGAAAUCACUCGAAGUGCUGCAGGCACUCUUGUUAGAUGAUUCUGGACUUGGCGGCGGUCUUGGUAUUGGAGGGGGGUCUGGCCCUGGUAUGGGGGUUAUGGCUGCACUUUAUCAAUUGCUAGAUAGUGAUCAGCCAUUUCUUUGCAUGCUCAGAAUGACUCUUGUUUCGAUGAGGGAGGAUGACAAUGGUGAAGGUGAUGCUCUUUUGAAGAACACUAGUAUAAAGGACGUCAUAUCAGAAGGAAGCCUGGUGCCAUUUGAUGGCAACAGUCACUCAUCUACAAGGAAACCCCGGCCUGCACUUCUUUGGAGUGUGCUUGGCCCAAUCUUGAAUAUGCCUAUUACUGAGUCGAAGAGGCAGAGGGUGUUGGUUGCUUCUUCUAUUCUCUAUUCAGAGGUAUGGCAUGCUAUUGGCAGGGACAGAAGCCCCCUAAGGAAACAGUACAUUGAGCUGAUUUUACCACCAUUUAUAGCCAUCCUGAGAAGGUGGCGGCCACUUUUGGCUGGUGUUCAUGAGCUAACUUCUUAUGAUGGUCGGAAUCCACUCAUUGCUGAUGAUCGUGCUCUGGCAGCAGAUGCACUACCCAUCGAGGCUGCUCUUUCAAUGAUAUCGCCUGGCUGGGCUGCUGCUUUUGCCUCACCCCCAGUUGCAAUGGCAUUAGCCAUGAUGGCUGCUGGUGCCUCCGGAACCGAAACAGUAACACCUCGAAGGAAUACCUUGAGUAGGCAUGACACUUCUUUGCCAGAGCGUAAAGCAGCAGCAAGAUUACAGACCUUCUCAAGUUUCCAGAAGCCUGUUGAAACAAUGCACAACAAGCCUGGGUCCAUCCCAAAGGACAAAGCAGGAGCUAAAGCUGCGGCAUUAGCUGCUACACGUGACCUCGAGCGGACUGCUAAGAUUGGUUCAGGAAGGGGUCUUAGUGCUGUAGCAAUGGCAACAUCAGGACAGAGGAGAAGUGCAAGUGAUAUCGACCGUGCAAAGAGGUGGAAUACAUCUGAAGCUAUGAGUGCUGCUUGGAUGGAGUGCCUGCAAUCAGCUGAUUCUAAACCUGUUUCAGGAAGAGAAUUUUCAACCCUUUCAUACAAAUAUGUUGCAAUUCUUGUUUCUGGUUUUGCCUUUGCACGGAACUUACAGCGAGUUGAGAUGGAGAGGCAAACACAAGUUGAUGUGCUGAAUCGGCAUCAUGCAUCAACUGGAGUUCGAGCAUGGCGGCAUCUUCUUCACUGCCUGACAGAGAUGGGAAGACUAUAUGGACCUUUUGAAGAACCCCUGUGCACUCCUGAUCGGAUUUUCUGGAAAUUAGAUUUUACUGAAGGUUCUUCAAGAAUGAGAAGAUUUAUGAAAAGGAACUAUAAGGGAUCUGAUCAUUUGGGUGCAGCUGCUGACUAUGAUGAUCGGAAGCUUCUUAGUGCUGAUGUGCAAUCAAAUGAAUGCAACCCCAAGGGUGCAGAUUCUUCAUUAACAGACACCAUUCCAUCAACUGCGUCGGUAGUAAUUGCUGAGGCCAUGUCAGUGGAUGACAGAAAUGAGGACAUUGAGCAGUUAGAAUCCGACACUACUCACAACAGUGCUGAUCAACUUCAGUCCUCAUCAGCAGAUCAACAAUCGAUGAAAAAAUCAGUAGAUUCAAGAAGUUCUGGUAUUUCUGCCGAUCGCAAUUUGGUUCGAUCCACAGUUGUUGCACCUGGAUAUGUGCCAACUGAAGCUGAUGAGAGAAUUAUAGUUGAACUUCCAUCAUUGAUGGUGCGACCAUUGAAAGUUGUGCGUGGAAUCUUCCAAGUAACAUCAAAGAGGAUUAACUUUAUAAUUGACGAGCAUGCAAGUGACAGUAAUGUGGAUGAUCAUGCAUCCACUAGUGGCCAAUGUUAUCAGCAAGAUAAAGAUCGGAGCUGGUUGAUCUCUUCUCUACAUCAGAUAUAUAGCAGGCGGUACUUGUUACGACGAAGUGCUUUGGAAUUAUUUAUGGUAGAUAGGUCAAAUUUCUUUUUUGAUUUCGGGGAUAUGGAAGCACGCAAAAAUGCUUAUCGGGCGAUUAUUCACACCAAACCACCUAAUUUGAAUGACAUUUUUCUAGCUACCCAGAGAGCUGAGCAAAUCCUUAAAAGAACUCAGUUGAUGGAGCGCUGGGCUAACUGGGAGAUUAGCAAUUUUGAGUACUUGAUGGAACUGAACACUCUUUCUGGGCGCAGUUAUAACGACAUAACUCAGUAUCCUGUUUUCCCCUGGAUAAUUGCUGAUUACCAGUCCAAAGUUUUGAAUCUGGAUGAUCCUUCUGCAUACCGUGAUCUUUCAAAGCCAGUUGGAGCACUAAACCCAAAACGACUAAAGAAGUUCCAAGAACGGUACUCGACGUUUGAGGAUCCAAUCAUCCCUAAGUUUCAUUAUGGUUCACAUUACUCCAGUGCUGGCACGGUCUUGUAUUACCUUUUCAGGAUGGAGCCCUUUACCACAUUAUCUAUACAAUUGCAAGGUGGCAAAUUUGACCAUGCUGAUCGCAUGUUUUCUGACCUUUCUGGUACAUGGGAUAGUGUUCUGGAAGACAUGAGUGACGUAAAAGAGCUAGUCCCAGAGAUGUUUUACCUCCCGGAGGUAUUUACCAACAUAAAUUCUAUUGACUUCGGGACAACUCAACUUGGAGGAAAGCUAGAUUCUGUAGAGUUGCCUCCUUGGGCCAAGAACCCUGUUGAUUUUGUCCACAAACACCGGAAGGCUCUUGAGAGUGAGCAUGUUUCGACUCAUUUGCAUCACUGGAUUGAUCUAAUAUUCGGAUAUAAACAGAGGGGUAAAGAUGCGGUAAUGGCCAACAAUGUGUUCUUCUACAUCACAUAUGAGGGAACUGUUGAUAUUGACAAAAUUGCAGAUCCAGUGCAACGGCGAGCCAUGCAAGAUCAAAUAGCCUACUUUGGACAAACACCGUCUCAAUUGCUGACUGUCCCUCACAUGAAGAGAAAGUCAUUGAGAGAUGUCUUACAACUGCAGACCAUAUUCCGGAAUCCAAGUGAACUUAAAUCUUAUGUACUGCCUAAUCCAGAACGCUGCAAUGUCCCUGCAAGUACUAUGCUUGUAUCGAAUGAUUCUAUUGUAGUUGUAGAUAUAAAUGUGCCCGCGGCGCAUGUGGCACUUCACCAGUGGCAACCAAAUACUCCAGAUGGCCAAGGGACACCUUUCCUUUUUCAUCAUGGUAGAAAUGCUGCAAGUUCAACAGGUGGUGCAUUCAUGCGUAUGUUCAAAGGAUCCACUAGUUCUGGAGAAGAUUAUGAGUUCCCAAGAGCUAUAGCGUUUGCUGCUUCUGCAAUCCGUAGUUCAGCUAUUGUUGCUGUCACUUGUGACAAAGACAUCAUCACUGGUGGGCAUGCGGACUGUUCGGUGAAGUUGAUCUCCCCAGAUGGAGCAAGGACAAUUGAAAGUGCUUCUGGGCAUCUUGCUCCAGUAACCUGCCUUGCACUUUCCCCUGAUAGCAACUACCUUGUGACAGGGUCUCGAGAUACUACAGUUAUACUCUGGAGGAUUCAUCAGGCAGGCUUUAUACAUAAGAAAAAUCCUCCUGAACCUCCACCUGCAACACCAAGGACACCACACAGCCCUCUUCCUACUAGUCCUAGUAGCAUGAGCAUCCUUUUAGAAACCAGGAAGUGUCGAAUCGAAGGUCCUAUGCAUGUGUUAAGAGGACACCUUGGAGAAGUAAUUAGCUGUGCAGUUGGUCCAGACUUGGGACUUGUUGUAUCCUCGUCAAACAUGUCUGGUGUGGUGCUACAUUCUUUGCGAACAGGUCGGCUGAUAAGGAAGAUUCAUGUAGCGGAGGCGCAUGCUGUAUCCUUGUCUUCUCAGGGAAUCAUAUUGGUUUGGAGUGAAUCAAAGAAAAGAUUAUCUAGCUUCACAGUCAAUGGAGUCCCUAUUGCUACCUCAGUUCUAUCACCUUUUUCUGGGGGAGUUAGUUGCAUUGAGAUUUCUAUGGAUGGUUAUUUUGCCCUGAUUGGAACUUGUUCGUCCAGCAAUUACAAGUGUGAGGACAAUACUGAGGUAGCAGAUCGUGAGCCCAACAAAUCAAGUCGCAAGGUUGAUAUAUCUGAGCAAACUGAAAUCAGGCAAUCUGUUAACGUGCCUUCGAUCUGCUUUGUUGAUCUGCAUAAACUUAAGGUGUUUCAUACACUGGAGCUUGGAAAGGGCCAGGACAUCACAGCAAUUGCAUUAAACGAAGAGAACACUAAUCUUCUAGUUUCUACUGCCGAUAAGGGCCUAAUGGUUUUCACUGAUCCUGCUUUGAGCCUGAAGGUAGUGGAUCAGAUGCUCCGCCUUGGCUGGGAAGGUGACGGACUUCUUCAGUCAUGA